AUGGAGACGGAGAGGGAGAAGGAAAAAGGGAAGCGGCAGAGGGCUGUGCCAAAAUUUGGAUCCUUCAAACCGAAGGGCACUUCCCAGCCAGCUUCCCCUGACACACGGCUAGCAUCGGGAGAACACCGUGAAUCAGAGAAACGCCGGGGCGACGACCGGAGGGAUGAUGAGCGCCGCCGUCACGAUCACAGCCGUGAGCAUCGCCACUCCGAUCGCGAGCGAGAACGCCGUCGUGAUCGGGAUACGGAAAGGGACCAUGAACGGGAUCACAGGCGAGAGCGUCACCGCGAGCGCCAGGGGUCACGACCGGGCAGCCCAAAAGCGGCGUCCAGAGACGAACGCCAAGUCACGCCCUUGGCCCUGCCCCUGAGUACUAGUAACGACGGGGACCUCUUCAUCAUCGACAAGCGCGGCGACCCGCUGAUCCUGCAGUACGGAAGCAAUGACCGUUCCCAGGUCCCCGCCUACUACCGCUUCGGCGCAGGCAGGAUCAUCGGGUCGCGGGGCUUCCUCACCAUCCACCGCGAGGGCGCUCACGAACGAUUCAGCAUCAGGGCACCCGGCGAAGGCAGCGGCAGCGGAUCUGCGUUCCGCGACAAGGCGCUCGUCGAAGCAGCCCACCGCUCCAGGUCCAGGCGCGUCAAGCCAUCAGCAGACCCGCCUCCCCCAGCCGCUGCAACAGACGACUUCAUCCCCCUAGACACGUCCCGAAAACGCAAACGCGGCUUGGAGGACCCGACAGAUUCAGACCACGACGACAAAACACCAGACUACCGCUCCAUCUACGGCAAGGCCCGUCCCGCAGCCUCCGAUUCCGAUUCCGAUUCUGAUUCCGAUCCCGAUGUCUCCUCCAGCACCACCCCCGUCGACCCCUCCGCAGCAGCCACCCAUGACCACACGGAGCUCUCCACCGCCAAAUCCCGCUCCAUAGCCCUCUCGCGGCACGUCAAAGCCCACCCAACCGACAUCCCGGCCUGGCUGGAACUCAUCUCCCUGCAAGACACCCUCUUCCGCCAGGAACAUCAACGGGGCCAGAGCCAGAGGACGCCAGAGGAAGUGAAGUCCCUCGCAGAGCUCAAGAUAGCCCUCUACCAAGAAGCCCUAUCGCACACGACUGCUGCGCCGGGGCCCGGCGACAGGGAACGGCUGCUGGUGGGCAUGAUGCGCGAGGGGGCACGGGUGUGGGAUCCGGCUGUUUCGGCGCGGAAAUGGGACGAGGUCGCCGGUUCGUUAACGGAAGGAGGAGGGAAGAGUGGUUGUAGUAGUUUUGGUCUGUGGAGGGCGAGGUUGAAUUUCGAGAUGGGCCGCGCGACCACGGUUGAGGUAGGGGUUGUGAAGGGCUAUAUUGUACGUAAGCUCGCGGCGCUGACGGAGGAGCUGGUUGUGAUGCAUAACCCUGCCAGAAGGGAGCAACAGAAGGAGGACGAGGAGGACCGCGACGAGGAGGACCGCGACGAGGAGGACCGCGACGAGGAAGAGCUGUGCGAGCAGCUGGUCUACGUCUUUUUGCGGCUGACGCGGUUAUUGCAUGACGCGGGGUUCGCGGAACUGGCCGUGGCGGCAUGGCAGGCGAUGCUGGAGAUGACAUUCUAUCGACCACAGGCCGGGAUGGAGUAUGAUGUGGAGUCGGCCGCGGCGGCGUUUGCGGACUUUUGGGAGAGCGAGGUGCCGCGGAUCGGGGAGGAGAGAGCGAAAGGGUGGCGGUACUUUGUGGAGGCCGGUGGAAACAUGGUUGAUCCGUCCGAGGCAAAAGGAGACGAGCCCGAUGGCAUGCCGCGCACGACACAUCCGUUCCUGGCUUGGGCAGCGGCCGAACGGCAACGGGCGGAGAAGGCGCGCAUGCCGGCGAGGACGCUUGAUGAAGGCGUUGAGGACGACCCGUUUCGCGUUGUCAUGUUUUCCGAUGUCAAGGACUUUCUGGUUUGGUUUCCGUCGGCUGCUCUCCCGCGGGUCAGGCCAUUAUUGGCGGAUGCCUUUCUUGUGUUCUGUGGGCUGCCACCCGCAGUUGUAUCGGAAGAGAGGUUUGGGGCCCUCUUGAAUGAUGAUCCCUUCGUUGCUGGCAGGGGGGAACGGCUCAGCCUCGGUGUGGACCAGGACCGUCGCCAUGGAGAGACUAUGGAUCUUUCGAGGAAAUCUCCCGAAUUCGGCCAGCAGGGUGGCAGCAUGGCUAUGUCACCGGAAGUGCUCUUCCCCGGAAAGGCAUGGUUCCGGUACCUCGAAGAAUGGUCAAGUGCAUAUCGGCCAGGAGACAGACAGGUCGAGUGUUCCUGGGUGUUGGGCACACUCAAGUGCCUGGUCAAAACUUCGUGGAUGGAGGAUCUGGCAGAGUAUUACCUAGCCAUGGAGUGGCUCAAUGCGCCGAACAGCGUCAGGAAAACUGCAAAGUGGCUUCUCAAACAAUACAGCUCUAACACUAAGCUGUACAAUGCGUACGCCUUGGUUGAGUGGGCAAAUCAAAACACCGAGAUUUGCCACAAUGUCCUGUCGUCGGCGACAGGUCUUACAUCUGGUGACGGUCAGCUCCUCUGGAAUACCUGGGCCUGGAUUCAUCUCCAGUCCGGACAGAGGGAGAUGGCUCUAGCCCGACUGUGCUCCUCGGCGGAUAGGGACUUCAAGGACACAACCGUAUCUCCCGCAUUGCUCCUCAAAGCACGGUCUUAUCAUUCCAGUACCCGGGACUAUGCGCUGUCCUCCCGACAGCUAGAGAGCGCGUCUCAGCACGCCGAGGGUCUGAUGUUGAUCGAGUAUCUGGCCGCCAAGGCAGGCACUGAAGCCGCGUCCGAGACUCAAGGCAACAUCUCGGCCGCCUUAUCCAGCGUCGAAUCCUUUUCCCAAGAACUCGUAGCCCGUAAGCUGAGCGGCUCCCCGCAUCACGAACGGCUGCUCCAAGCUGCCGCACGAUUAUUAUACUACCACGCGACACACGGACCCUACCGCCCACUCUACCUCCGCGCCCAGCUCCAAACCUUCAUCCGCCUCUUCCCGCGCAACGCAAUUUUCCUCUCCCUCUUCGCCUGGUCCCACUCCUCCUCACUUCGCCUCGCCGACGAUCCCGUCCGCAACGUCCUAAGCACCCUCUCCCUCGCCGAACCCCACGACUGCCUCAGCACGCGGCGCUUCGCCAUCCAGUACGAAGCCCGCGCCGGCAUCGGCACCGCACACUCGGUUCGGGCCGCGUUCGAGUCCGCGCUCACAGACAGCGACGCCGCGUGCUUGGGCAGCAGCGUGGAGCUGUGGACGGCCUAUCUCCAUUUCUGCUGUUCGCACGGGGAGCUGCGGGGCAAGAAGGCGAGGGAGGUGUUUUACCGCGCGAUCGCGGCGUGUCCGUGGUCGAAGGAGGUGUACAUGGAAGCCUUUACGCUGCAGGAGGGGCUGGGGUUAGACGAUGCUGAGUUGAGGGCUGUGUAUGAGACCAUGGUGGCGAAGGGGUUGAGGGUGCACGUGGAUCUAGAGGAGUCUUUGGGGGAGUUUUUGCAGGGGAGGGGGCGUGGGAGGUAA